AUGUGUCCGGGACACUGUGGGAUCAUGGAGAGUUCCCUGCUGCCUCUGCUCGGCACGGUGCUGGCCUGUGUGCUGGGCGUGGGGGGGUACAGUAAUGGCAGGGUGGAGGUCAGCUGUACGGACAUGCAGCCCCGUCACCGAAGCAGCCCCCAGACCACACCUCCCCCCUUCACGCUGAGCACGGACCGAGUGGACUACAGCGCGGGGGAGGACGUCACAGUGAACCUGCUCGCCCCCUCCUCCAGCCACUUCGAGGGCUUCCUUCUGCAGGCGAGGGUGCUUGGCAGUGAGUCUGUGGCGGGCUCCUUCCUCUCUGCCCCGUCUGGGACUCAGAGACUCAGCUGUGGGGGGUCUCCGAACUCAGCGCUGUCCCACUCCUCCUCCAGCGAGAAGAGCUCUGUCCAGGUGACGUGGAGACCUGCCGCUGACCAAGACGUUCACUUCUAUGCUACUAUUGUCCAGAACAUCACCGUGUACUGGGUGGCAGUGGCCAGUCCCAGGGUCCGGUUCAGCUCUGGCUCCAACAGCACAGGAGGAACCUCUUCUCUCGAACCUGCAAACACUACUGUCCCAUCAUCUGCAGUCUCCUCCAUGAUGACCACAGCUCCUCUGGGCAUUACUGUGGAGGGCUGUGGAGCGUCCAGGUUGUGCUUCAGACAGCCCCCAGACUGUGACCCAGCUCAGGAGCCUGCUGCCUGCUUCUUCAUGUCGGCCAUGGUGCUAUCCCCUGGUUCCUCCGCUGUCCACUACCAGCUCUCUGGCCCCUCUCCCGGAUACAUUGCCUUUGGCUUCUCAGACGACCGGAACAUGGGAAACGAUGACAUAUACAUCUGUGUCGAGGACGCCAGUGGACGGGUGCAGCUACAACAUGCCUUCUCCAGCGGAGCCACCACACCAGACACUGUUCCUCUGGGCAGUGUGUGGGACAUCAGGACGUCUCUGGCGGCCGGAGUGAUCAGCUGUUCAUUCAGUACCACCAACAGCAUCAGCACCCAGAGGAGCAGCCAGAGACACUACCUGCUGUACGCACACGGGCCCAGCAGCAAUGGACAGGUCCAGAUGCACUCUGGGACCUUCGUGAGUGCAGACACAGUGGACGUGUCUUCUCCAGGACAGGAGCUCCGCACAUACAGACCACUCAUCAUCAAGGCCCACGGUGAGACACUAGGAUUAUAA